GGGCCAGCAGCAGCACAGAGACUCCUUUCACCGGCACCGUUUGUUCUCCAUCUCGGCUCCGUAUUGUACGCUCGGCCGAGCACGUCCCCUUUCUUCAUCUGAGCGGAAAUGCAUCUGCGCUGUUGUCACCGGUAUUACGACACGAGUUAUGCCGAAGUGACUCGGCUCGGAAAUGUUGCGUUCGUUAAGAGUAAAAAAAAAAGAAGCUGUGAAACGUGCUGGUGAACUUGUACCACUUUCUAUAAAAUCACACAGAUGGGAGGGAACAUGAACAUUUGUCUGAGCUAACACAUCUGGACAGGACUGAUUUACUGGAUGCCCAAAAGCUGGCACUCUAUCCCACAUAACGGUUUUCUCGACUGACUGUUUGCAGAAGUGUGUGUGUGUAAGGAAUUAGAGGCAGCUCUGUCUAAGAAGCUUCAGUCUGCGAUCUGAAGAGUCCCUGUAGUUUUCUUCUGAAUAUCAUCUAUCAAGUAGCAGAGAUGGAGCGGAUGGAGGGCGAUAAGCCGAAGAAGAAGGUGACCUUUUACCUUCUCUACUGCGUUGCAACAGCAGUCAUCGGCUCGUUACAGUUUGGCUACAACACCGGGGUCAUCAAUGCACCAGAGCAGAAAUUGCGUAGGUUUUUCCAGAAUGUGUCGAUGGAGCGGUACGGGGAGCCAUUCAGCUCAGGAACCAACACCAUGGUGUGGAGCUUUGCUGUGGCCAUCUUCAGUGUGGGAGGCAUGGUCGGGUCUUUCUCUGUCGGAGUCAUGGUCACCAAAUUUGGCAGGCGUAAGUCCAUGCUGAUAUCUAACUUCCUAGCUGUUCUCGGGGGGGGUCUGAUGGGUAUUUCGUCCGUGUCUAAAUCUUUUGAGUUGGUCAUUGUCGGCCGGUUGAUCAUCGGAGUGUUCUGCGGACUGUGCACGGGACUGACACCCAUGUACGUUGGCGAGAUCUCUCCCACUGCUGUCAGAGGAGCCUUCGGCACGCUGCACCAGCUCGGUGUAGUUAUUGGCAUCCUGGUGGCACAGAUCUUCGGUCUGGAGUUUCUGCUUGGCUCAGACACUCUGUGGCCUGUGCUGCUGGCUCUGACCGUCCUGCCCGCCAUAGUGCAGAGCAUCAUGCUGCCCUUCUGCCCUGAAAGCCCGCGCUACCUGCUCAUUGUCCUCAACCAGGAGGAGGAGGCAAGGAAAGCGCUGGUGCGUCUGCGUGGCGUUGAUGAUGUGAGUGAUGAUAUUCAGGAGAUGAAGGAAGAAGGGAUGAAGAUGGCCAUGGAGAAGAAAGUGACCAUCCCCGAACUCUUCCGCUCCCCAAACUACCGUCAACCGAUCAUCAUCGCUAUAGUCCUCCAGCUCUCUCAGCAGCUGUCUGGCAUCAACGCUGUGUUUUACUACUCCACAGGUAUAUUUGACACAGCUGGUGUUACUCAACCCAUAUACGCCACCAUAGGAGCUGGAGUUGUCAACACUGUGUUUACUGUUGUCUCUCUCUUCCUGGUCGAACGGGCGGGACGAAGGACGUUGCACCUGAUUGGUCUGGGUGGAAUGGCUAUCUUUGCCCUCAUUAUGACGAUCUCCCUGGUUUUGGUGAAGACCACCCCGUCUCUGAGCUACCUGGCCAUUGUGGCUGUGUUCGGCUUUGUUGCCAGUUUUGAGAUGGGUCCAGGUCCCAUCCCCUGGUUCAUCGUGGCUGAACUCUUCUCCCAGGGGCCCCGGCCUGCUGCCAUGGCCGUCUCUGGUUUCUCCAACUGGACUGCCAACUUCCUGGUGGGGCUGGGUUUCCCUAAACUGGAGGAACUUUGUGGUCCUUACGUCUUCAUCAUCUUUACGGUCCUCCUCAUCCUGUUCUUCAUCUUCACCUACCUGCGAGUGCCUGAGACCAGAGGAAGGACCUUUGAUGACAUUUCUCAGGGAUUCGCUGCCAGUGCAGGGAAACCCUCAACAGAGCCUGCACCCUUGUCCCCCACAGACAAGGUUCCCAUGAUGAAUCUUCCUUAG